CGCCCGCCGGGGCCGCGGGGUCUCCUCUCGUCGCCCUUGGCGGGGAGCCUGUGGACGUAGCUAGUCCCCCGGGUGGGGUCAGGGGACUGGGCUGGGCGAGUUUGGGCCUCUCCGCUCUUCAUCGCGCCCCUGGGCCGUAGGUGGGAAGCAGGUCCAGAUCUUCAGGUUUCUGUUCGGGCGGUUUGUGCUCAGGAGGAAUUCAGAAACUUAUUACAGCCUGUCCCUCGCCCAUUCAAAAAACCCUAAUCUUUAAAAAAAAAAACGAUUUGGUUGACAGUCUUUUAUGUUUCUCACCCUAUUUCGGAAAAUGUAUGAAUGUGUCUUGCUAAUGGCUUCGGAUAGUUCCUCUUACUCUUCCACUCUGCGGCUGUGUCCGUGGUCCGUGUGAUAGGCUUGGCGAUGGAUGGUUUCACUUACGAAAUCCGAUGGUUCUGAAGGCAAUUUCUGAAAUAAUUUUUACAACAUCUUCCUGUGUUUCAGUGUUUGAGUCAUUCAGCAACUCCCCUAAUGUCAGUUUGGUAUGAAAGGAAUAACGUGUUUUUCAGGGGGGCAGUUGGAUCCCGUGCAGUAAGCAGUUUUAGGGACAUAGGUGGAUAACCUUUUUUUACGGUACCGCUGGGAUGUGUAAGUAGGUGUGAGGGAUGCCUUUAUUUCUUAAUGCUUUUUGCCCUUUUUUAAAAAAGAUAAUGAGCUUUAAAGCAGGUCGUGGAUGUCCUGUACAAACUGUUAAAGCUGGAGCCAGAAGUGGCUGAGUUUAGAAACAAACCAAAGAACACCACAAGAAUAACAACAACAAAAUACUUAAAACUGUCCCUGUUCAUUCUUACAGAUUGUUUUGGGUGAUUCCUGGUUACCUGUUGGGUUUCAGAGCCAGAGUCGUAUCUGUUUAAUGACGGUCAUUUUUCCUUUGAACCCGGUAGUCUCUGAUACAGUUUCCGACCGUAGUGGAGAGAUGGGGGCAGUAUUAGCGUGUAGCCUACCGCAGAAUCUGUCAGUUAUAUUCUGUGUAAAAUAAAUUUGCAUGCAUGAUGUCAAGCCUUUCCCCACUUCUCUCUUAUCCCUCCUGAUAGACAGUAUCAUGUUUUAAUUUCAUCUUCUAGUAUUCUCAUUUUAGUUUUCGUCAUUCUUGUGUUCACUGAAUUACUUCAUUUUGGGUGUCCUUUUUUGUAGAAUUGGAACUCUUGUUUCAAAUUCUGAUUUAGUCAGAAUAGUUAAACUCCGUUCCUCUGCUUUUAAAUAGUGAACUCAGGUAAAAUUAUUAGGAAACUGCUGAGGAUGUUUGUAAAAUUUUUAGCGUGUGUUUUUGUAUAUGGCAGCUUGAUGAAGAUGCUGAAAAAAUAGAUGUGUGAAGCGUGAUGAAGGUGAAAUGGAAGAACCGUUCAUUACUAACUUCUUAAUUCAGGUUCCCAAAAUUUACUUAUCUACACACUAAGAAUUUGUUAAUGAUUUGGCAUGUUUUCUCUAGUAUUUGGCUACAAGUUAGAAAAUAUUGAUGGAUAAAGAAGUGGGCCAAAAAAGUUUCCACUGUGUGAGUCCUCCAGCCCCUAGUGUAAACAUUGAAACUCUCCAUUUGAAUAGUAAUUACAACUUGAAACUUUUAUAUGGACAGUAUGAUUACUUAUAUUUGCUCUUACCUUUUCUUUUCUAGGUAGCUAUUUUUGCUAUGAUAAUCCUGCUGCCCUUCAGAUUCAGAUUCAGCGGAUGGGGCACCAUUAUUUUUAGCUGCUUUGUUUGCAUUGGACAGGUUGUUUUUGCUCUGGGUGGAAUAUUUAAUGCUUUUUGGCUGAUGGAAUUUGGAAGGUUUAUAUUUGGAACUGGCGGGGAGUCCUUAGCAGUGGCCCAGAAUACCUAUGCUGUGAGCUGGUUUAAAGGCAAAGAAUUAAACCUGGUGUUUGGACUCCAACUUAGCAUGGCUAGAAUUGGGAGUACGGUCAACAUGAACCUCAUGGGAUGGCUGUAUUCUAAGGUGGAAGCUUCGCUGGGCUCUGCCGGUCACACAACCCUGGGAGUCACACUUAUGAUCGGAGGUAUAACAUGUAUUCUUUCCCUCAUCUGUGCCUUGGCCCUUGCUUACUUGGAUCGGAGAGCAGAAAGAAUCCUUCAUAAAGAACAAGGAAAAACAGGUGAAGUUAUUAAGCUCAGUGAUGUGAAGGACUUCUCCUUACCCCUGUGGCUCGUAUUUGUCAUCUGUGUCGGCUAUUACGUGGCCGUGUUUCCUUUUAUUGGACUCGGGAAAGUUUUCUUUAUGGAGAAAUUCAAAUUUUCCUCCCAGGCAGCAAGUGCGAUUAACAGUGUGGUGUAUGUCAUAUCUGCUCCCAUGGCCCCAGUAUUUGGGUUUCUGGUGGAUAAAACAGGAAAGAACAUCGUCUGGGUUCUGUGUGCAGUGGCCACCACUCUUGUUUCCCACAUGAUGUUGGCCUUCACGCUGUGGAACCCCUGGAUUGCUAUGUGUCUCAUGGGCGUCUCCUAUUCGUUGCUUGCCUGUGCGUUGUGGCCAAUGGUGGCUUACGUGGUUCCUGAACAUCAGCUGGGGACCGCCUAUGGCUUCAUGCAGUCCAUCCAGAACCUGGGGCUGGCGAUUGUUUCCAUCAUUGCUGGCGUAAUACUGGAUACUCGGGGAUAUUUGUUUCUAGAAGUUUUCUUCAUUGCCUGUGUUUCUGUGUCACUUUUAUCUGUGGUCUUACUCUAUUUGGUGAAUCGUGCCCGAGGUGGGAACCUAAAUUAUUCUGCUAAACAAAGGGAAGAAAUAAAACUUUCUCAUACUGAAUGAGAACUUUAAAUGACUGUGUCAUGAGAAGUGGCUACACACACCACUGGUUUGAAAACCUCCAUUGUUGUUUUAUUUAGAGUUUAGUCAUUAGGAAAAAUAAUGGACUGGAAAGUCAUUGUGUUUAUAUUUCAAAUAUACCUUUUUCAGAGUAUGUUUGUGAGGAUUAUUUUGGCCUUUUUGUUUUGUAUCAUGUGGCACUGAAGAAUUCUGUUUUAGAACCAGUUAAUCAGCAUGAAGAGUUCUGAGAACUGCUCAGGAACAUCCAGGUAGGCUUCAGUAAGGACAAUAAAUAAUGGAUAACAUUGGCUUUGAGAUAAUUUUCACUAAGUGUAUCUUAGGGAAUGGCCUUUUUUUUUUUAAUCUUAAAGCAAAAAAAAAAAAAGCUUGGGGG